GAGGCCGCGGCGCACAGUUUUCGAAUCACUGUCCUAAGCAACCAUGCUCUUAUUCAAGAUCUACUGAAAGUUUCAAAAACCUACUUAAUUCAAAUAAAGUUCCCCAUUGUCUUCGAGCAUCUGCCAGGGGAGAUCAGCAGCCCUAAUGAACAUCUGCUGGAGAAUGACAAGGAACGGACUGCUAAAAGAGCCUCAAGUAACAUCCAAACACCGAAUUUGGUAUUACAGCCAGGGAUGGUGAUUUUGCUGUACAUGGCAGGAGGUCUGACAAGCCAGAAAUCGUCCAGUCUGCUGGCCUGCCUUUGCACCAUUUACUGUAUUGCAGAGCUGUAG